AACAGCAAAACACGUCGGAAACUAUGUCCUCUCCCGCGGCGAAGAAGGCGAAGAAGACCUUUGUGGGGGAGAAGGUUGUCCUUGCUUAUUCGGGAGGACUGGACACGUCUGUCAUCCUCAAGUGGCUCUCCGGCCAGGGCUUCGAGGUCAUCUGCUACUGCGCCAAUGUCGGGCAGCAGGGAGAGGACUACGACGCCAUCACCAAGAAGGCCAAGGAUUGCGGGGCGUCCAAGGUGUACAUCGAGGACCUCUGCGAGGAGUUCGUGACCGACUUCGUCUUCGAGGCCGUCAAGGCCAACGCCCAGUACGAGGGCCGCUACCUCCUGGGGACGAGCCUGGCGCGGCCGGUGAUCGCUAAGCGCCAGGUGGAGAUCGCGCAGAAGGAGGGGGCCAAGUACGUAUCUCACGGGGCCACCGGCAAGGGUAACGACCAGGCGAGCGACGGGAGAGACAUAUGCCGGUCGUUACUGUUUAAGGGCCGCGGGGACCUCCUGGCCUACGCCGCAGAGCAGGGCAUCCCAGUUUCGUCUACCCCCAAGGCGUCGUACUCUAUCGACGAGAACCUGUACCACACUUCUUACGAGAGCGGCAUCCUGGAGGACCCCAUGACCGCCCCCCCGCCGGAGAUGUUCAAGAUGACUGUCGACCCCCUCAAGGCACCGGACAAGGUCGAAUCUCUCAGGAUCGAAUUCGCGAAGGGAAUCCCCGUCAAGGUGACAAACAAGACCGACGGAACCGUGAAGGACAAGCCGUUGGAGCUCUUCUGCUACCUGAACGAGGUUGCGGGCCGAAACGGGAUCGGUCGCAUCGACAUCGUAGAGAAUCGGGACCCGUCUGCCACUACUGUACACCUGUGGUACUGUAUUGUCGUAAACAUGCCUGCCUCCGGGUACUCGAACGGACGAUUAGACAUGUCAGCCUGCCGUCGGUCUCUUCUUCUUCCCCUUUUUAUUUUCUCUUGUUCAAGGUUUGUGGGGAUCAAGUCUCGAGGGAUCUACGAGACUCCCGCGGGGACUCUUCUCCGAGAAGUCCACCUUGACCUGGAGGGGCUUUGCCUUGACAAGGAGGUUGUUCGCAUCCGCGACCAGCUGAGCGAAGAGUUUGCUCGCCUUUGCUACAACGGCUUCUGGUACGCCCCUGAGAUGGAGCUCGUCAAGCACGCCAUCGACUUCAGCCAAAAGGACGUGGAGGGAGCGGUGGAGGUUGCGCUGUACAAGGGCAACAUGACCGUCACCGGCCGCGAGAGCGCCAAGAGCCUCUACAGCGCGGACCUUGCCUCCAUGGAGAUUGAGGACGGGGGCUCCAUCGAUUACGAACCCGCGGACGCACAGGCAAGCGAAAGUAGCUCCCGAUGA